UAAUUCUCUCAUUUAGCAAACUGUCACUCACCACCACCUUCCUCUCCCGUCUCAUCCUCUGCACGCCAUUCCCUCAAUUCUCUCUUUAAGAAAAACUAAUGGCUUGCUUAGAGGUCUGCAAGGAGGGUCAGUUCAAAGAAGAUCAAGAUGCAUGUACUCUUGAUGGUACGGUUGAUAUGCAUGGCCGCCCUGCAAUCAGAGCAAAAUCUGGAAGAUGGGUUGCUGGAAUCAUUAUACUUUUGAAUCAAGGUCUGGCUACCCUAGCAUUCUUCGGAGUCGGGGUGAACUUGGUCUUAUACUUAACGAGGGUGUUGCAACAGGACAAUGCGACGGCUGCUAACAACGUGAGCAAAUGGACCGGAACAGUUUACAUCUUCUCUCUUGUUGGUGCUUUCCUCAGUGAUUCGUACUGGGGAAGAUACAAAACUUGUUCCAUUUUUCAACUCAUCUUUGUCAUCGGUCUGGUAUCGUUGUCGCUGUCCUCGCAGCUCUUCUUGCUGAACCCUAAAGGUUGUGGCAGCAAAGCAAAUCCAUGUGGAUCUCAUUCGAGCUGGAAAAUUUGGCUGUUCUACCUCUCUAUCUACCUAAUUGCCCUAGGAUAUGGUGGGUACCAACCAAACAUUGCAACAUUUGGAGCUGAUCAGUACGAUGAGGAGCACAGCAAGGAAGGGCUCGCAAAGGUGGCGUUUUUCAGCUACUUCUACCUGGCUAUGAACCUCGGUCCCCUUUUCUCCAACACCAUAUUAGGAUUCUUCGAGGAUGAAGGAGUUUGGGCUAUUGGGUUCUGGGCAUCCGCAGCGUCAGCAUUUGCAGCAUUGGUCUUGUUCCUUGGUGGGACUGCUAGGUACAGACACUUCAACCCCAAUGGCAAUCCCCUCUCGAGGUUUUGCCAAGUCUUAGUUGCAGCGAUGAAGAAAUGCAGGGCGCAUAUGCCACAAGGUGAACAGGACUUGUACGAUGAGAGUAACAAUGAGUCUUCGAUUAGCAACCGAAAGAUCCUCUACACCCAUGGAUUCAAGUUCUUGGACAGGGCUGCAUACAUCUCAUCAAGAGAUUUAGACUACCAGAAGCAAGGCAUUCGCAGCCCGUGGCGUCUCUGCCCGAUCUCACAAGUGGAAGAAGUGAAAUGCAUUUUAAGAUUACUCCCAAUAUGGCUCUGCACAAUUAUCUACUCAGUCGUUUUUACACAAAUGGCUUCCCUCUUUGUAGAGCAGGGAGCUGCCAUGAAAACUACCAUUCCAAACUUCAGCAUCCCACCAGCGAGCAUGUCCAGCUUCGACAUCAUCAGCGUGGCAGUUUUCAUUUUCAUUUACCGACGGAUUAUAGACCCGUUUGUAGGCAGAAUAAAGAAAUCAGAUGCUAAAGGGCUUACCGAGCUUCAACGAAUGGGUGUUGGCCUUGUUAUAGCAGUCCUGGCAAUGCUUUCAGCAGGAAUCGUUGAGUGCUAUAGACUAAAGUAUGCGGAUAAAGAAUGCCCGCAUUGUGACGGCUCAAGCUCCUUAAGCAUCUUCUGGCAAAUUCCUCAGUAUGCAUGCAUAGGAGCUUCAGAAGUUUUCAUGUAUGUGGGCCAACUGGAGUUCUUCAAUGCACAAACACCAGAUGGGCUGAAGAGCUUUGGAAGCGCCCUGUGCAUGACAUCCAUCUCGCUCGGUAACUACUUUAGCACCUUUCUCGUGAGCGUGGUCAUGAAGUUUUCGACUGAGGAUCACAUGCCCGGAUGGAUCCCCGGAAACCUCAACAGGGGUCACCUUGAUAGGUUUUACUUCCUCUUAGCUGGCUUGACAUUAAUAGAUUUGAUAGUCUACAUUGUAUGCGCCAAGUGGUAUAAGAACAUCAAGUUGGAGGGAAGAUUUGAAGUAGAUGAUGAUCAAGGAAACUUGAAAGUCUGAUGUAUAAGUUCAAAUCAAGCAGACAUGUUAACAACAUAUGCUAGCAACUUAUAUUAAAUAAGAAGAACGAGUUUGGCACAAAGUUGGCGUUCUCUUCGCAUCCGCGCUGCACCAGCACCGUACUUUUUUCAAUCCAGGCUUGUUUGGUGGGUAACUUUUGGUUUAGGUCUCAGAUUUCCCCUCAUUCUCAUUUGUUUGUUUUACUGCUAGCCAUAGAAUUAACAUGUGCUUGUAGAGAAACCUAUUGUAAUAUCAUGGGACACUUUGAACU